AUAACAUCGUAAACAACCACGAUCAACAAACUCAAUCAUGCCUUCGACUCCUUCAUCUCCAUCUCCAGUGUGUACACAAGCUGCGGUCACUGCAAACUGGGAGCGUCUGCGCAAGUCCUGUGAUUCUUGCCAGGAAGCCAAGGUCAAGUGCAGUCAACACAAGCCCUCGUGCCAUCGCUGCCUUCGUCAUCGCCAACCAUGCAUCUACAGCCCGCAGCGUCGUACUGGACGGCCGCGAAAGAGGCUGACACUCGACGGGAAUGCAUAUCCCGCCGCCAGUUCAAGGAGCGACAUAGAUGGGACAAUAACCAGAGAGCCGACUAGCUCAACUGUCAACGGCCAGGACCUCCUCAUGGCCGAUGUCCGCGGUGAUGAUACACCCUUGCUGGCCGGUGGCAUUACUGCGGACAACAUCAAUCCCAUCGACAGCGUUUUUCACCCAUCGUUCGAAGUCUUGCUAGCAGUCUCGCCGCUCAGCAAGGAUCCGACAGCCAGCGACAACAACUCAGACGCCCAUCAUAUGGGCUAUCUCGCGGCCUCUCCGUCCGAUGCGUGGGGCGAUUUAUCCCUUUUCUUGCCCAGUUACAAUAUCUCCAGCCCACCACAUCCGGAGCAUGUACCCGGCAUCAACCAGAUGCCACCACUCAGUGUGGACGCCUCGAACACAAGCAGUGAGUGCGGGGACUGCAGAGCCAAAUGUUACGCGGCGCUUCUUCAACAGCUGUUGUUCUUGCGCCAAUCGCUUCCGGAGACUGCUCGUCCUUCAAUCGACGUGAUACUGCAGGUGGAGCGCCACGUGCGCGGUCUUCUCGACCGAGUUUUGGGCUGCGCCGCGUGCCUGAGUAAUCGUUCGUCUGUUCUGCUCAUGUCGGCGAUUACGGAGCGUGUGAUCCAGAUGCUCGACUGGAUCAUCGAGGAGAAGACCCUACUUGACACCGAAAGCGCGCGCUCCAGCCGGGGAACAGUCAGUUCCUGGGCGCGGACUUCACAACUACCCCCGGCCGGGAACCGUACCGGCGGUCGGCCGUAUGUGUGCCUCAUUCCAUUACUUGUAGGAAACACUGAACUAGACGAGGAUACCAAACAGUACUUCCUCAAGCAGCUUAUCCUCAUGCGGAUGAAGAAGCUUGCCGCCAAAGUACAAGAUGUGCGACGGACAACUAGUACGCGCCCCGGGGACUGCAUCUAUCGUGCUGCCGAAUUGGUGCUUGCAGAGUCACUUCAACGAUUGGACUACCUUCGCGGCCAGGUUCAAAUGUGGGAGUGAAUGCUUCCAUUUCCCACUAACGGAAUAAUGACCUUGAGAUAUUCAUGCAGCGUUCGGACCGUUAUUUUCUAACCUUCGCCAAUGUUAGAAGAAGCGAAUAUUAGUUUCUUGAACUUCUUUCUUUCUCCUUAAUCGGUCUUUGGCCUUCAAUCAAUUCAACACAUUCCACCUCAGUUUCCCUGCAUUUCUCAACCUUGCAUUGAGACAACAUCUCUACUUUCUUCCUGGUUUCUUGAGGUACAAUAUCCCAUAGCCCACUUGUUAAUAAUCAUCCGUACUAUAUUAUUUCCUGCGUCUUCACUCAGAAAGCAAUCUCCCCAACAGCCCCAACACCCUAGACAAACACUGAUUGACAGGACCGUCGCCCUCCCGACCAUACAAGCCAGAUCUCGUCCCCAACGCCAUCCCCAAGUCAAAGUCAACCACGACAGUAGCAGUAACAGUAG